AUGGUCCAGGUCCCUCACCUGCCAGAAGAGCUACUGCAGUCGGUCUUCUCGAACUUCGAGCGUACUGAGCUUUACGACUGGGACGAACGUGUGAAACGGCAGAUGCUGCGUUCUAUCUGCUUGCUCAACAAGCAGUGCUACCGGGUAGCACAACCUAUGCUGUUUGCCACUGUCGACAUACAGGAAGGCAGUGGCGCUGUGGGUAAACUGCUGCAGGCCACGGUACGUGAGCCCCGUUUGGCCACUCUGGUCAGGGUCUUGCGCAUCGAGAGCUGGAGAGGUUUUGAUGACGAACGGACUAUUUCUACUGAAGAGGCAAAGUACCUGCAGGACACCGCUGUUCCUGCGCCAGACAUACUUCCUCCUGUUGCCAAUGUGCACCCCAUACUAGGUACCGAUCUUGCAGGACAGCUACUCGCAGAUGCUAUCGAAGGCUCCGGAGACAUAUUUUGUGAAGGUGAGCGCCAAAUUCCAUGCCCUGUCUUGCCUCUCAACGUACUACGGGAUAUUCGACUCACGUAUGCUCUCAUCGAUGCCAAAGGCCUCAAGAACUUGCUCCUCAGCAGUCCCUGCGUCGAGACUUUGAGCAUAGAGUGGGGUGAUUCCUGUGUUGGAUCAUGUGAGCUCAGGUACGACGAGCUCGGCGAUGCUAUCCGCAUAUGCCACGCAAACAGGAGCUUGCAUAAUCUCAAGUCUUUGACGCUAGAUGAUCGAGCUGCGCAAGAUUUCGCCAGGGAGGACUUGGACGAUGAAGUGUUUCCUCCACUCGGGGAUCUCCGGGUACUUUCUAUCUUGCAGACACUUGAUGUGCCUCAGUCAGCUUUGGUCGGCGUCGAUGAGUCUCUAGACGCAGACACUGACGACAGCGCUUAG